AUGCAGCACUUAUUCUAUUGGGCUCUUAUUCCAAUAAUCGGAACCGUCGCCAUUGCAGUCAUCGUUUUCACCUUCCUCGUGUACGUAAAUUGGCCAUCAUCGUCAGCUCUUCCCAGAGAGACCCGCCAGUUGAACCUGAGACCUUAUUCAGCUUCGUCGUUCAAGUUCAGCAAGGAAUUGGGGCUGCCCCGAACGAUUGAGUCGGAGCGAGAAGAUGGAGUAGAGUGCGUGGUGUGCUUGUUGGGGUUCGAAGAUGAUGAAGUGAUUCGACAGCUUCACCGAUGCAAGCACUCGUUCCACGCUCCUUGUAUCGAUAUGUGGAUGUAUUCGCAUUCAAAUUGUCCGAUUUGCCGAACCUCCGUCGAUAAGCGAGCUCGUGUCGAUGAUCUUAUGUCGGACGAUAACUCGUCGUGCAUGGAAACGGAGGGCGCACCCACCGAUGUCAAUAUCACCUAG